AUGAAGUCGCCAUUAUUUCUAAUUGUCGCGGUACACGCUCUCCUGAGCCAUGCCUUUGGCUCUGGAGGGCGGCCGGAUGCUAUGAUCUGGGACUAUGCUGAGAAGAGAUCGCUUGCACAAGACAUUGUUACUUGGGAUUCCCAUUCGCUCUUUGUCCACGGUGAGAGGGUGAUGAUCUUCAGCGGCGAAAUCCACCCUUUCCGACUCCCAGUUCCGUCACUAUGGAUCGAUGUCUUGCAGAAAGUCAAGGCUCUCGGGUUUAAUGCCUGCUCGUUCUACAUCGACUGGGCCCUUUUGGAAGGAAAGCCUGGUCAGUUCCGUGCAGAUGGUGUCUUCGAUCUCCAACCAUUCUUCGAUGCGGCUACGAAGACGGGAAUUUAUCUCAUCGCUAGGCCUGGUCCUUAUAUCAAUGCCGAAGUUAGCGGAGGUGGUUUCCCGGGUUGGUUGCAAAGGAAUCGCGGUGCUCUUAGGACUGUUGCACCAGAUUUUCUCAAUGCGACGGAUCUUUACAUGUCCAGCGUCGGCAAGAUGAUUGCAGACAACCAGAUCACGAAUGGCGGCCCAAUUAUUCUAAUCCAACCGGAGAACGAAUACACAAAUGCCAACGCCUUCGUGCCUUUCCCGGACGGGUCGUAUAUGGAAUAUGUUAUGAAACAAUCUCGAGAUGCCGGAGUGGUCAUCCCUUUCAUUAGCAAUGAUGCUAGUGCCUCUGGACACAAUGCUCCCGGAACUGGCCUAGGCGAGGUCGAUAUUUACGGACACGAUGGUUACCCCCUCGGCUUCGAUUGCGCGCAUCCCACGGUGUGGCCUACAAAUGGUCUCCCGACGACGUAUAGAAGUCUUCAUCUAAAGCAGAGUCCGACUACGCCUUAUUCCAUUGUCGAGUUUCAGGGCGGAUCUUUCGAUCCUUGGGGCGGAUGGGGUUUUGAGCAGUGCAGUGCGCUCGUCAAUUUCGAAUUCGAGCGAGUCUUCUACAAGAAUAACUACGCAGCGGGAGUGACAAUCUACAACCUGUACAUGAUCUUCGGUGGAACUAAUUGGGGAAAUCUGGGACACCCAGGUGGAUACACUUCAUAUGACUAUGGCAGUGUCAUCAAGGAAGACCGAACCGUUACCCGAGAGAAAUACUCGGAGCUGAAAUUGCAGGCGACCUUCUUACAGUCAAGUCCUGGUUACCUGACUGCAACUCCUGGCAACAGUUCUACUAGCCUCUACAGCGACAACGCUGAUAUCACUGUUACUCCUGUAUUAGGAAACACCACAGAUGAUGCUUCGUUCUUCAUCGUACGGCAUACUAACUAUUCGAGUUUCGCUUCAACCCAGUAUCGUCUAACGCUGCCCACAUCCAAAGGAACUCUCACUGUUCCCCAGUUGAAUCAAUCACUCAGUUUGAAUGGUCGAGACUCGAAAGUAGUAGUUACGGACUACGACAUUCAAGGUAGCAAGUUACUUUACUCCACUGCCGAUGUCUUCACCCACGUCAAACAAGCCAAUCAUACAGUUCUUAUCUUGUAUGCUGGAGCUGGCGAGAACAACGAGUUUGCCAUCCAGGGAUCGACAGGUGGACAGGUCAAGAAGAUCUCAGGAGGAACAUCUUUCAAAGCGACAAGCAGCAACUCGUCUGACUACAUCACGGUGAACUGGACAGCAUCUUCAGAAGGGUACAUUCUACAGAUUGGCUCUGGCCUCUAUGUUUAUCUGCUUGAUCGCAACACCGCUUAUAAUUAUUGGGCUACCGACAUUGCUAACACGACCUCUAAACUCAUCAUCAACGGACCUUACCUCGUACGCUCUGCCUCCAUAGAUGCUGACGAACUACACAUCAAGGCAGACUUCAACGCCACCACGAAGGUUGAGAUCCUUGGUGUCCCAGCAAGCGUUUCCAAGCUUUUCAUAAACGGAAAGGAAACCCCAACGGAGACGGCAGGCCUUGCUACGGUUGCCAACGUCUCAAUAACUGCUCCGGAAUUUACCGUCCCCAAGCUCUCGGAACUCGAAUGGAAGUACACCGACUCUCUUCCGGAGAUUACAACGGGCUUCGACGACUCCGCAUGGCCAAGUGCUGACCAGACAUUCACGGAUAACACGUAUCAAUACCUUCAAGCCCCAGUAACGACAUACGCCUCGGACUACGGAUUCCACACUGGUGUUCUAGUAUACCGAGGUCACUUCAACGCCACAGGCUACGAAACGACCUUCUCGCUCUGGCAGUCAGGUGGAACUGGGUUCGCCGCGUCGAUCUGGAUAGACGACUAUCUGCUUUCGUCGUACACCGGCAACCCAGCAAAUGAAAGUUUCCAGGGUCAGUACGACGUCACCGGCCCCGGAUUUCAGGCUGGGACGGAGCACGUCUUCACCGUGGUGGUAGAGAACAUGGGUCUCAACGAAGACGGAAUCGGAUCCGACGAACAAAAAGCGCCACGAGGUAUCCUAGGAUGGCGGCUCGCAACUUCCAAGGCGACCAACACUCCUAUUUCCUGGAAGCUAACGGGCAAUCUUGGUGGUGAGGACUAUCUAGACCGAGCCCGUGGCCCACUGAACGAGGGUGGUCUGUUCGCCGAACGCCAAGGUUUCCACCUCCCCGGAACACCGACGGAUGAUUGGGAAUCACACUCUCCUCUUGAGGGUAUUGGCUCUCCAGGUAUCGCUUUCUACUCUACCACCUUCGAUCUGAACCUCCCCUCCGCUGAAUGGGACAUCCCUCUUUCCUUCUCGUUCACCAACAACACUGCCACGUCUGGCAUCUACCGAGCUCAGCUGUACGUCAAUGGGUGGCAAUACGGCAAGAUCAGCAGCAAUAUUGGACCACAGACUGUGUUCCCCGUGCCGGAAGGUAUCCUGAACUAUAAUGGCUCGAACUACGUCGGCAUUUCUCUGUGGGCACUUGAGGCAGGCGGUGCUAAGAUCCCCGCCCUGGAACUCGUGUCUGAUGUGCCGGUGUGGACGGGCAGGGAACCAGUCGAGUUGGUGAAUAGCCCGCCUUAUAGCAAGCGGGAGGGCGCUUAUUAA